UGACGUCGUCUGUCCGCUGCGGACUUUUGCCCUCCGACUGACUGGACGAGAUAAAAUCGGACUCGGCCGCAAAGGCUCCAGCAUGUUUUCGCCAAAGUCACCAAAAAGCCCGUCCAGGUAUGACUCCGAGUCCGGCUCCGGGGAGCAGAUCUGCAUGGUUGAAUGUGGCUGUAAGCGCAGAUGCAUCUGUAACGUCAAGUCAGAGGGCUGCAACAGGAGGGGCUGUACGGCACAGUUAAAGGAGAGUGACCCUGACAUUGAGAAACAAGGCUUUGAAAACUUGGCCUACGAGUAUGGGAGCCAGACUGAGCUUUGCCCUCCACCUAAAGCUGCCUCAAGAGCCGCUUUUAAACUUCAGCGGAUCACCUCUGAGCAUGAGGUCCACAUCAUCCAAACCAGAAUCUGCAGCCUGAAUGGCAUACUUGCUGUCACAUGGUCUGUACCCAACAGUUUGGCCAAGGUGGACUAUGAUGCUUCAGUUAUUCCAACCAAAGAGAUCGCCCUGGAACUCCAGACCUUGGGAUACAGCGUGGAGUCUGUGGUGCAGAUCAGGGUGGAUGGUAUGCACUGCCAGUCCUGCGUGCAGUCUAUUCAGGGACAGAUCGGGGAGCUGCAGGGGGUUUCACAUAUUCAGGUGUCUCUUCAGGACAAAGCAGCGCUGAUUGUUUUUAAGCCUCUUCUAGUCACACAUGAAGAACUGAGAGACAAAAUUGAGGACAUGGGCUUUGAUACUGCUUUGUUAUCUGAGGACCCAUCAGUAGAAGAUUUAAGUUUCUGGCAGAAUAAGGAGGUGGAUGCCUCCACCCAGACUGUAACCAUUUUGAUUGGAGGGAUGACUUGCAACUCUUGUGUGCGGACAAUAGAAGGGAGGAUCUCUCAGAUGACUGGAGUGCGGUUCAUAGCGGUGUCCCUGGAGGCGGAAAGGGGAACAAUAACCUUUGAUCCCUAUUUGACAGAGCCAGAGCAGCUCAGGGCAGCCAUUGAGGACAUGGGCUUUGACGCCUCACUUAAAGAACCUAUAAAGAGUGUUCAGAGUCAUGAAAAGUCCCAGCCUGUAAGCUUUGGACUUUCUGACAUGUCGGCUAACAGGCCUGUAGUCAGCAAUGGGACGGGUUCACAGGCACCAUCUGCAAGUUCGCCUGAGAUAAAAGCAAAGAGAUGCUUCAUCUGCGUCACGGGGAUGACCUGUGCCUCCUGUGUGUCCAACAUCGAGAGGAACCUGCUCAAACACAGAGGUGUCCUCUCAGUGUUGGUGUCGCUAAUGGCCGGUAAGGCGGAGGUGAAGUAUGAUUCAGAUGUCCUGGAUGCUAUUGCAGUGACUGAGCUCAUCAAAGACUUGGGCUUUGGUGCCAAAGUGAUUGAGGAUAAUGCAGUAGCACAUGGAAAGCUGGACCUCACUAUAACAGGCAUGACGUGCGCAUCAUGUGUCCACAACAUCGAGUCCAAGCUCAACUUAACCAGAGGGAUCCUCAUGGCUUCGGUCACAUUGGCAACCAACAAAGCUCAGGUUGAGUUUGACCCAGAGGUGCUCGGACCUCGGGAUAUUAUCAAGAUCAUCCAGGGUCUUGGAUUUGAGGCCAGGCUGGAGAAGGCGGGCUUCAAAAACAACCUUGAUCACAAAGAAGAAAUUCGACAGUGGAAGAACUCAUUUCUGUUGAGCCUGGUCUUUGGCUUGCCUGUGAUGGGUCUCAUGAUCUACAUGAUGGUCAUGGACAACCUGCACCAAGAACAUGGGGGCUCCAUGCCCACCGAGCAGAAUGUACUUCCGGGCCUCUCCAUCCUUAACCUGCUUUUCUUUGUGCUCUGCACACCUGUCCAGAUCUUUGGAGGUCGAUACUUUUACAUUCAGGCCUACCGCUCGUUAAAACAUCGCACUGCCAACAUGGAUGUGCUAAUUGUGUUAGCCACCUCCAUUGCCUACAUCUAUUCCUGCGUGGUCCUCAUCGUGGCCAUGGCUGAGCAGGCCAGCCAGAGCCCUGUGACCUUUUUCGACACUCCACCCAUGCUCUUUGUGUUCAUCGCUUUGGGACGAUGGCUGGAGCACAUCGCAAAGAGUAAAACCUCAGAGGCUUUGGCCAAAUUAAUGUCACUUCAAGCCACCGACGCCACUGUGGUCACUUUGGGAUCUGACAAAUCCAUCAUCAGUGAGGAGCAGGUGCUGGUGGAGCUCGUUCAGAGGGGCGAUAUUGUGAAGGUUGUCCCUGGAGGGAAGUUCCCAGUCGAUGGGAAAGUGAUUGAAGGGAGCUCCAUGGCAGAUGAGUCCUUGAUUACAGGUGAGCCAAUGCCCGUUAGUAAGAAGGUGGGCAGUUUGGUGAUUGCCGGCUCCAUUAACGCUUACGGUGCCCUUCUGGUGGAGGCCACUCACGUCGGUGCUGAAACAACACUGUCACAAAUAGUCAAACUGGUCGAAGAGGCACAGACCUCUAAGGCCCCCAUCCAGCAGUUUGCAGAUAGACUCAGUGGCUACUUUGUGCCCUUCAUUGUUAUCGUGUCCCUGUUAACGCUGAUAGUGUGGCUGGUCAUUGGCUUUGUCAACUUCGACAUUGUGAAGGAGAACUUCCCGGGUUACAACCAGAGCAUCCCCAAGGCAGAGGUCAUCGUCCGCUUCGCCUUCCAGGCCUCCAUCACCGUUCUCUCCAUCGCCUGCCCCUGCUCUCUGGGGCUGGCAACUCCGACGGCGGUCAUGGUUGGCACAGGGGUUGGUGCUCAGAACGGCAUCCUCAUUAAAGGAGGCGAGCCGCUGGAGAUGGCGCAUAAGAUCGGUGUAGUGAUGUUUGAUAAAACUGGCACGAUUACAAAUGGCGUGCCGCGGGUGACUCGAGUUCUGGUGUUGUGGGAAGUGGCCCGCAUGCCCCUGAGGAAGAUCCUGGCAGUGGUGGGUACUGCAGAGGCCAGCAGCGAGCACCCGCUAGGCAUAGCAGUUGCCAAACACUGCAAACAGGAGCUGGGCUCCGAUGUCCUCGGGUGCUGCCAGGACUUCCAGGCCGUGCCCGGCUGUGGGAUCAGCUGCCGGGUGUCCAGCGUGGAACAUCUGCUGCUGCAGCCGAGCGAGGAGCGAUUCCUGCUGCCGGGGGCCGCUAUUGAAGAAAGCAACAUGCUGCCUGCAGGAGAGUCCACCUCUGCAGCUGAAGGGCUGUUUUAUUCUGUCCUGAUUGGAAACAGAGAGUGGAUGAGGAGGAACGGCCACCACAUAGGAGCAGAUGUGGAUGCCGCCAUGUCGAGCCACGAAACCAAAGGGCAGACAGCCAUACUGGUGGCUAUAGAUGGUGUUUUGUGUGCAAUGUUAGCCAUCGCAGACACGGUGAAAGCAGAGUCAGCAUUAGCAGUGCAUACACUGAACACUAUGGGCAUUGAGGUGGUGAUGAUGACAGGAGACAACAGGCGCACAGCUAAAGCCAUAGCAGCACAGGUGGGGAUCAGAAAGGUAUUUGCAGAGGUGCUGCCAUCACACAAGGUGGCAAAAGUCCAGGAGCUGCAGAAACGAGGCCUGCGGGUGGCCAUGGUGGGAGAUGGCGUGAACGACUCCCCCGCCCUCGCCCGUGCCGAUGUCGGCAUCGCAAUCGGCACAGGCACCGACGUAGCUAUUGAGGCGGCUGACAUUGUCUUGAUCCGAAAUGACCUGCUAGAUGUGGUGGCCAGCAUCGAGCUGUCCAAGAAGACGGUGCGUCGGAUAAGGAUCAACUUUGUCUUUGCUCUCUUCUACAAUCUUGUUGGAAUACCAAUCGCUGCAGGUGUGUUCAUGCCCGUUGGCCUGGUGCUCCAACCCUGGAUGGGCUCAGCUGCAAUGGCUGCCUCAUCAGUUUCAGUGGUCCUGUCUUCUUUACUGCUGAAAAUGUACAAGAAAACCUCAGUGGAGCUCUAUGAGAUGCGUGCUAGAGGCCAAAUGAGGAGCCUUCGUUCGUCACAGAUCAGCACACAUCUGGGUCUGGACGGCCGGCGGCGCAGUCCCGCUCUCCCCAACGCAACUCGGGAACAGAGGAACCCAAGCGGCAUGACUCCACCCGGCUUCUCCGGCCGCUCACCCAGUCAAGGGGCAUCCAUUAAGGUUGUCACUGAGGAGCAGGGCCGCUACUCCCUGCUGGAGCACCAGACUGCAGACGUCCUCAACGUGUUGUAAAGGGAAAACAGGAAGAUGUUUUUUACCUGGUACUCAUGUUUACGACUAAAAAAAAGUAUUUAUGUAAAUACACUAAUUGUCAAACCUAAAGUGCUCUUUUAUUUUGAUGUAACAUUAAAGUUUUACUGAAGCCACA